UCCAGGCAAGUGUCCUGGCAGCUCCACACAACUGUCAGCUCAGGAAUGAUGUAAGCCUGUCCCCGCUCGGUAAAGCAGCAGCCACGGCUAUCAUGUCUCAGCAUAAUGCGGUUAAUGGCUGUGAACUGGUCGCUGUGUUUUUUCUUUUGCUCGGCUUCAAAUCAUGAGGAUCAGCCUGCACAGGGCUCUGCUGUGCUGGAGGGAUUGGUAAUAGUGAUUCAGAGUCAGAGGAACUCCUACCAUGCCCAACGUGGUCACCAGAAGGAAAAGAUUCUGCAGGAUGCAGCUAAUCUCGGGGAGGGGCUUCCAGUGGUUCUCCUCCUGCAUGAGCUGUCAACUUAUGAAGGAAACUGGAGCAUUCUUCCUCUUCUUCCACUUCUCUCUGCUAUUUAUGGGGAAUCGGCAUCCUGGUUUUUGUUUAUAGAAGAGGAAACGAUGGUUAUUUUGGAUGUUCUGCAGAAAGUUCUUAAAAGAUAUUCCGUCCAAGAGGAAUGGUUUUUGGGUCAUCGUCUCCAUGACAACAGGCCCUCCAUUGUUCACCACUACGCCUUUUCUGAAGACCCCGCUUCUUUUGGUUACCCUGACCCAGCAGCUGGUUGGGCUUUAAGUGCUGCGCUGCACCAAAGACUGGCUGAGCGGAUUCAGUCUGAGAAUCUGAAGUCGGAUUUUACCAUUGACUUGACCCACGAGAUUGCUUUGUUUAUCUGGGAGGAAGGAAGAGGACCAAAGCUGACCACAGUUCCACAGUUUUGUACAGAGACAAGAGACAACUGUGCAACCAAAUUCACAAACUACCUGCCCAACUGUGGGAAUCCUGUAUCAAAGAAUAAUAUAUUUGUUGCUGUGAAAACUUGUGAAAAGUAUCAUUCAGUGCGAGUACCAGUAGUGAAGUCCACCUGGGAAAAACACGCUGUUUAUUUAGAGUACUACAGCGAUGUCACUGAUGCCUCCAUACCCACUAUCAACCUUGGAGUGCCCAAUACUGAGAGAGGACACUGUGGGAAGACGUUUGCAAUCAUGAGGCGUUUUCUGAGUGAAGCUGCGCCGAAGGUUGAUUGGCUUGUCAUUGUUGAUGAUGAUACUCUUAUCAGUUUGUCGCGGCUGCGGCGACUGUUGCGAUGCUACAACCCAAAGGAAGCAGUGAGCCUGGGAGAAAGAUAUGGGUAUGGCCUGAUGCAGAACGGAUACAGCUACACAACAGGAGGAGGAGGGAUGGUACUGAGCAGGACAGCGGUGUCCAUCCUGCUCUCCAGUGGCUGCAGCUGCUACAGUGAUGAUGCUCCUGAUGAUAUGGUCUUGGGGAGAUGCUUCACUUCCAUUGGGGUUCCCAUCACACACAGUCCGCUUUUCCACCAGGCCCAACCAGAUGACUACACAGGAACAAGGAUUACCCCGCAGCACUCCAUCUCCUUCCACAAGCACUGGAGUGUAGAUCCUGUUGCCGUCUACACAAACUGGUUGCAGGACUCGCACCCAAAAGAUGAACUGUGAUAAAAAUUCUCAUGAGGAUAUUUGCUGUGAAGCUCUAUUGUGUCUGUCAGACGUUCUAAAAAAUAGCAAUGCUCUUUCAAGAUCUGAACUUUUUUCACACUUUUAUUUUAGACCAACACAGAACGAGAACAGUGGUGAAGUGGAAGGAAAAUGGUUCAUUGUUUUCAUAUUUUCCCAGAAGUUUUUAUUUCCAUCCAUUCUUUUCAGAUACUUUUUGUCUCCUGUUUUUAUUUCAUACAUUUUGGUCUCAUUAUGCAAAUGAGGAGUAGUGACAUCUAUAAUGUGUCAACUUCUGCCUAUUUAUUGGUGAGCAUGGCGCUGCAGAGCUCAAAUCUUCAUGCUACCGGCCCCAACAGGAGCAGACUUUUAGUAGUUGUUUUUUUUUUUGACAACAGUGAUUUUGGCCUCAAAUAAAUUAAUGUUUUCAUCUUAUUUAAUCUUGAACACUGACCUUAACUGAAGCAAGUGUAACCAGCUUGUUUUGCAUGUUAUUGUGUGUUCCUACAUGAUGUAGGUCUCACCAUAAUUAGAUUUUUGUUUGAUUGCUGAAAAUGAACCAAAAUGUGGUUUAUCACAUUUAGUUCUUAAUUUAUAAGGCAAUUAUAUCUUAUACAGAUCCAGGUUUCCCCCUUGUUAAUUCAUGACUUUAAAACUACUUUUUGCAUUUACUCAAAUAAGCUUUGUCCAACAUGAGAAUCGUUUUGCUCCGAGACUUAAGUGAAGGCAGAAGAGAUCCCAAAAGCAGCAUUUUAUUUUACAGCACAAAGCUGUGUUUCUAUAUGAUUUAAAGUAGGCACUAAAAACUUUUGGCAUUCUUGAUAAAUGCUAGCUUUUGUGAAGCAGAUGGGAACAUUUUUUAGCUCAAGGGAUUGGUUCAAAAAUUGUAAUAAAAGCAAGACCUACUUUAUUAAAGUUUGCUUUACAAAACUGCAAAAUGUUGCAGAGUAUCUGAUUGUGAGGCUUAACACUCACACAUUUGCAGUCUGUUUUCUAUGAAUCCCUUCCCACCUUUUUUAUUGUGUUUGCUGGCUAGGGGUGAACUGGCUAAACAAAACCCAGAAAUAUGGUUUGAAAUGGUCUGAACGAACAAGCUGAGCGUGUGGGAAGGUUGUGUGGAUGCCAGACAUGCGGUGGGAAAAACCUGCUGUGGGUAUUCUAGGCUUUGGGUGGCAGUGAUAACACUGCAGGAAUAAAUCUACCAUAUGGCAAAUCAUACUUCAAAGUUACACCUAAAGUAUGUGAUCCUACACCAAUUUAUAACAACUUGCAGCGUCUUGGUUAGGUUUUUCAAAUUAUUAUGUUGCCUUAAAAGUGUUAUUGAUGUGUUCCAGUAUUCAGUGAUAAGCAGAGGAGCUAAUUCAAUCAUUAAAACCCUGGACAAAUGCCUCAUGGUUGAAACCAAAGAAUAAUUUCAGAAGAAUAACCACUAACUUCGAUCAGAGGUUUCCAAGCUUUGUCUUGUUUUCCCCACCAACAAAAAUGCUGAGUCCAUCAUCUACUUUAUGCAGGCACAGAUGUAGCUGAACACCAUAAAAAUCUUGCUAGUUUACCAUUUCUAUGUUUGAAGAGCGUUCCAAAAAUUUUAUUUUUCUCUAAAAUUACAGCCAUAUUGAUCUUUCAUCCUGUCUGUCCUAGAAUCCAAUUGAAGGAUGUAACAGGUGUUGUUUGUUAUUAGUUGGUUAAAAAAAGGAGCUAAAUUCUAUUGCUUUAACAUAUUUAAUGAAAAAAAAAAUUAGCAGUCUAGGCUCAUUGGGUUGUCCUUUGAUGGUCAUUUUAUUCUUCAUGCCUCAAUAAGUUUUCUCUCUCUCUCUGAAUUACCUUGAAAACAGGAGCAUUCAUCACAGCUGAGUUUGUUUUAUGUCCUCAGUUCACUUACUUUGCUCAACAAUAAAAAAAGACUUUAUUCCAUCACAUUUUUUUAUUAAAAAUUAGGCACACUGUGCCAUUUUAUUGCACAAUUAAGUGACUCUGUUACUUCAGUUGUUUAAAGUCUGAAGUAGUCCAUUGUCUCUUUAAGAAGCUCCUGCUCUUCCCGACACUCUGCCUUCAUCACAGCAAUGCACCUCCAUUAUGCUGUUUACAGCAGUUCUUAGGAGCAUGAGUUUGUAUAAUGUGUCAGCAGAGGUGCAGUUCCACCUGGUGUUUGCGAUCUGUGACGUGGAGCUUUGAGAGAAGAAAUGCGUUCAGGCACCACCAAAUGGUUACCAAGGGAGAUACAUGCAUAAAACAAUACUCCAGGUAUUUUUUUAUUUUUCAUGAGGGAAUAACAUUAUUGCAUGAUGUGAAGCUAAAAUAAAUUAUUAGGCAUAAGGCUCCCCUUUAAAAUCAUGAUGGCUCUCUGGGUUGCACAGCAGCAUAACUGUUAGCGCUGUUGCCUUGAAUGUUCUCACUGCAUUCUCUAGGUGGGUCAAAAGACACUGUAGCUGAUUUGCUUUUCUAAACUGAUGCUUUUCAUCUAGACAUUAAUUCUGUGCAUGGGUAGUUCUUUGUUCUGUUAAUUUCUGCAUUCUCAUGUGAUGGACUGUUCACCUGCGCAGGAUGUACUUGUGUCUCGCUCAGUAGUCUCUGAAGAUGGGAAGCAACGCAGACACAUGCCUAUUCUGCCAAAUCCUCUUUGUCUAUGAAAACCUGCUGCUUAAGCAUGAUGUUUAAAUUAAAACAUUGCAUUUACAACUUGGUUUCAGUAUAAACUUUGAUUUAUCACA